AUGGCAAAAUUAACAUAUUAUUACAACUUAUUGUCACAACCGUCCCGAGCAUUGUACAUGUUUUUUAAAAAAGCCGAAGUUCCAUUCGAAGGAAAGGUUGUGGAUUUACUGAAAGGAGAACAGUUCACAGCCGAGUUUGAAGCCAUAAAUCCAUUAAAAAAAGUACCCGUCAUCAACGAUAAUGGAUUCGUUCUGAUUGAAAGCAUAGCAAUUCUGCGUUACAUUUGUCGUACUUAUAAUGUGGCAGAUCACUGGUACCCUAAGGACUCUGUGAAACAAGCACAAGUAGAUGAAUACCUUGAGUGGCAGCAUACAAAUACUAGAGCUGAUUGUGCUCUCUAUUAUUUACAUAAAGUUUUGUGGCCAGUUAUGAAUGGAAAACCGGUAAAUGAACAGAGAGUCGCUCAAUUAGAAAACAAAAUGAUCACAACUUUAGACCUUAUAGAAAACGUUUGGCUGAAAAAUAAAACGUUUUUAAGUGGAAAUGAAAUUUCCAUUUCUGAUAUUAUUGCUAUUUGUGAAAUCGAACAAACAAGAAUGGCUGGUUUCAAUCCAUAUGCCAACCGUCCAAAUUUGUCUAAUUGGAAAAUGAGAACAGCAACAUAUUUAAGCCCGUAUUAUGAAGAGGCCAAUGAAAUACUUGAAAUGCAUGUUGCUAAAUAUAAUAAAAAAUAUGGUAAAUUAAGUUCGCACAUUUAA